AUGCCACUUCUCCGAGCCAGCAGCGGGUCGGCCACGGCCGUGGCUUCUCUGCCAUCCACCGGCGAGGGGCCUCUCGAUGAGAUUCUUCGCCCUUUGAUGGUCGAUGUCGACAAGUGCCUCGCGCUCUCCCGAAGCUUCGUCGAAAACUUCAGCCAGCUCGCUGCCCAAUCGACGGACCAAUUUCUCCCAACCCCCAUAUCAGAGACCAUCCUGCGACCCGUCGCGGGCCACGGCCACGGAAGAUAUCUCGCCAUAGACAUUGGCGGGUCCAACCUCAGAGUCGGCUUCGUCGAGUUACUUGCCAAGAGGCAGCCACCCCUAGGGACGAAUGGUGUCUCAACGAGUGGAGGCGGACACGGAUGCACCAACGGGCAAGCCAACGGGCACGGGCGCCGUGCAUCGUGCGAUGCCUCGGACCGAAUACGACGCCAGCUGGAAAGGUCAUGGCCCAUCUGCGACCGCCUCAAGUAUGAAAAUGCCGAUAGCUUGUUCCUGUGGAUUGGAGAAUGCAUAGCCGAAGUCGUCGAGGAGGGAUGCCGGACAUUCAACCUCCCCAGCGACCUGUCGCUGCCCCUCGGCGUCACCUUUAGCUUCCCGACGGAGCAGCACUCGCUAUCGGAAGCGACCAUUACGUCGAUGGGUAAGGGGUUUGCCAUUCCGCGCGAUGUCGAGCUCGGAGCGCGUCUGCGGCGAGGGUACGAAAAGUUUCGGACCUCGGACCUGCCGCCGAUAGAGGUUGUCGCCAUCGCCAACGAUUCCGUAUCCACCCUCGUCUCGUUCAUGUACAACUUUGACGGCGCCCAACACCGCCGCGCGACCAUGGGACUGAUCCUCGGCACCGGUAGCAACGCGACGGUGCCCCUGAAAGUCGGCAAGCUGCACCCCAGCAAGCGACAGCAUCAUGUGACCGCCUUGCCGGGCCAGAAGGCCCACGACGCCAAGAUUGCCGUCAAUACGGAAUGGAGCAUCAACGGAACGGCCCCACCGAUGCGCCAUCUCGGCCUGAUUACGCGGUGGGAUGAUGAGAUGAGCGCGCAGAAUGAGAAGCCGGGAUUCCAGCCGCUCGAGUACAUGACGGCGGGGAGGUAUCUGGGCGAGCUCGGACGAAUCAUGCUGCUCAGCUACAUGACCGAGACUCUCGGAUUGCCGGCAGACACGCUGCCGCCGACCUUUCUCGAACCCCAUAGCCUGACAACAACCUUUCUCAGCCACUUUCAGGCUCUCGAAUCGGGCACGCUCGUGGCGAUGCUGCAGUCGGAGUUUCCCGAGCCGGCGACGUUCAUGUGGACGACCCAUUUGGCCGAAGCUCUGUACCGCAUCGCCAAGGCCAUCGAGAUACGCGCGGCCGCCAUCAUUGCCGCGGCAAUCCUCGCCUUGCUUAUCGUGGCCGACGAGCUUCCGGCCGAGGGAUCUCCCUUGACGGAUGCUCAUGUUGGCGAGCUGGGAGUUGGAUACACGGGCGGGUGCAUCGUUCAUUUCCAGGACUACCUGGCCGACUGCCAGGGCUUCUUGGAUGCGCUGACAUUGAAGCGCUUCGGCGAAGGGAGCGGAGUCCGCGUGGUCUUGAGCCCCUGCCAUGACGGAGGGAUCACAGGAGCUGGUAUCCUUGUGGCUGCUGCUCUGUCGAACCAGCAGCUGGAGGUGCCGUAA